GAUGUCUAUUGUCUUGUCAUACAAAUUUUUGUUAAAUCAUUGUGAUUUCAAUUUCGAUUUUGGAGUAGGUACUAAAUGAUAAUUUAAGAUUUUAACUGUUUCUCUGCAUAUUAGCAAGUGAAAGAAAAUGACUUCCAUACUAUUACCUGAAGUACCUGUUCCUGGGUUUUCUUUUGAUAAUUGCCAACGAAAUGCAUUCCUUGAGCAGAAGGGAUUCCCUGCGCCUAAGGCGACUAAAACUGGUACUACAAUUGUAGGCAUAAUAUAUGCUGACGGCGUUAUCCUUGGUGCAGAUACAAGAGCCACAGAAAAUACAGUGGUUUCGGAUAAAAACUGCCAAAAGAUUCAUUAUCUUGCCAGCAACAUGUAUUGUUGUGGUGCUGGAACUGCAGCUGAUACGGAAAUGACUACACAGACAGUAGCCUCACAAUUGGAACUGCAGCGUUUGCACACUGGCCGGGUUGUGCCAGUAGAAACUGCAUCUACACUUUUAAAACGAAUGCUGUUUCGUUACCAAGGUCACAUAGGGGCCGCACUUGUACUUGGUGGAGUUGACCGUACAGGGCCCCAUAUCUAUUGCAUUUAUCCACAUGGUUCAGUAGACAAAUUACCAUAUGCUACAAUGGGUUCUGGUUCGCUGGCCGCAAUGGCUGUUUUUGAAUCUCGUUGGAAGCCAAAAAUGUCUGAAGAAGAGGGUAAGAAACUUGUGCGAGAUGCAAUUGCUGCUGGUAUCUUCAAUGACCUGGGUUCAGGAUCUAAUGUUGACCUGUGUGUUAUUCGUAAUACCGGACCAGCACAAUACCUGAGAACUUAUGAAGAAGCAAAUGUUAAGGGCAAGAAGCAGGGCUCAUAUAGAUAUGCUCCAGGAACAACAGCUGUAUUGAAGCAACGUGUCAUACCAUUAGAGGUUGAGGCAGUUACUGUAAGGACUGUACAACCAAUGGAUGUUGAAGCGUCACCCAGUCGUCGUUAACAUAAUUUAUAUGAUUUUUAUUAAAGUACUAUUCAAACUA